AUGGUCUACUACUACACGUCGACGGCCGUCGACCCCCCGGCCUAUGUCUACGUGGGAAAGGACAAAUUUGAGAACGAGGAGCUGAUCAAAUAUGGUUGGGAAGAAGAUUUCCACGCGGACAAGCUGUCGUCGGCGCACAUCUACCUGCGGCUGCGGGAAGGCGAGACCUGGGACGCGAUCCCGGAGGCCCUGGUGACGGACCUGGCGCAGCUGACCAAGGCCAACUCGAUCGAGGGCAACAAGAAGGACAAUGUCACCAUCAUCUACACGCCCUGGAGUAACCUCAAGAAGGACGGGUCCAUGGCCGUCGGCCAGGUCAGCUUCAAGGACCCGCGCAAGGUCAAGCGCGUGCUCGUGCCCCAGCGCGAGAACCCCAUCGUCAACCGCCUCAACAAGACAAAGGUCGAGAAGCACCCGAACCUGCAGGCCGAGAGGGAGGACCGCCAGAAGGAGCUGAGGCGGAAGGACCAGGCUGCUGUGCAAGCGAGGAAAAAGGAGGAAGCCCGCAUCGCAAAGGAGAGAGCGGAGAAGAAGUGGCAGAAGGACCAUGCCUACGACGAAAUCUUCACCGAGGAGAACAUGGCCAGCAUGAGUAAUCAGGACCGAGACGAGGGGUGGGAGGACGAUUUCAUGUAG